AUGGCAGUCCAUAAUGGUGCCGCCCCUGCACCGACUGGAAUCAAGAUUAUUAUAGUUGGCCUCGGCAUAGCUGGACUGAGUGCUGCUAUUGAAUGCUACAGGAGAGGUCACGACGUUGUUGUUUAUGAGAAACAGUCAGCUCUGAAAAAAGUUGAAGGCGAUGGCAUUACCAUUGGUGCGAACGGUGCUAGGGUGACAGCAAAAUGGGGAGAUGGUGCUUUUCAUGCCAUGAUCCGCCCCCUGGAGUACUCAACCAACAAGGCCAAAGUCUUUGACUACACUGGCUAUUGCUUUGGAGAAUUUGAGCUCCAUGGAUAUACUGAGGGUAAAGGAUACACGCUCAACCGGGGUUCUCUUGUCUCUACCAUGUACGAGUAUUCCCAGAUGCUGGGUAUCAAGAUGGUGAUGAAUUCCACGGUGACAGAUUAUUGGGAAAACGAAGAUGAAGCGGGCAUUAUUGUCAACGGGGAAAGAGUUGCAGGGGAUUGUGUGAUAUGUGCUGAGGGAAUUCACAGCCCAGGGAGAACUAUUAUCACCAAUCAGGAAAUGCAAAAGCAAGAAACCGGCUUUGCUGCGACCCGAGGAUACCUAGAUGCAAAUGUCGUAGCCAAAGAUAACAAACUAAGCUGGAUUACCGACGGCAUGGGGACAGAGGACUGCAUCUAUGGAUGGCUGGGGCCUCGUGUUCACUUUGGUAUCACCACCAAGAAAAAAGAUAACGAGCUCUUUUGGUACUGCUGCCAUGAAUCUCCGAGCUCUCCGAUAACGAAUCAGAAAGAGGUUGUUGAGCAUAUCGUGGAAUGUAUUGAAGGCUGGGCAGUGCGGGAUCAGCUUGAGCAGGUGGCCCGUAAAGUCAUGGAAGGGAAGUUCGUCUCCGAGAACCUCGUUUUGAGAACACCUUUGAAAACUUGGCUUUCGCCUCAACGCCGGAUGAUUGUUGUGGGAGACGCAGCCCAUGCUGCACUUCCAUCCAGUGGCCAAGGUGGUACCCAGGCGGUCGAAGAUGCGGCUGUAAUCGCAAUCUCCCUGGAGCUAGCAGGGAAGAAAGAUGUCCCCCUUGCUCUCGCCGUGACAGAGAAGCUUCGAUACCAGAGAGCGCAAAUAGUACAGCAGGGCGGGAUGGCCGUGCUACAGUUCGUCAUGAGCCAUGUCGACUUUCAAAGCCUCCGGAACGAUCCUACCAUGGUCCAGCCCCCACACCCGGCAUGGAUCUUGGACCACGACUGUCAGGAGUAUGCGUACAAGGAAUACGCAGUCGCAGCCGAGGCCAUCCGAGCUGGAACCGAGUAUGUCCCGCUUAAUAUUCCGAGCGACGGUAAGUACCGGAUGGAGUACAACAGUAAGUAA